GACGACAUGCUGCACGUAUGAGUGGCCUAAAGCGCAAACUGUUCAAGCAGACGUCACUGGUGGAUAUUUUUCAACCAAAACUCAAGUUUUCGAAAGCAGGCAAAUAUUCCUCGCAACUAAUGGACUCCACAGACGACAGUUGUAAGGAACGUGAGCUCACAACAACAGCAGCAGCAAAUCAACGGAGUAGUGACGUUGAUGAUUCUUCAGCUGGGUCACCACGUUUGUUCAGCGAUGCCUCACAUUGUUCCUCAACAAGCAGUUUGGCUAGCAGCAUGGAUGAUGCACGUUUCCAGCCUGUGUUUAGAAAACUGGGAGAAACAACAGGCUUGGGCAGUGCAAUUGAAUGUCUGAAAAGACAGCCUCAGUGUGGUGCUGUGCUGCCUUUCUUAAAGCCCCAUCAAAAUCACACAGUUUUGUUUAAGAUUCCUUUUCAAGAUGGAGUUCGUCCAAUGCCAUUUCCUGCAUCUUACAAAGAUGCUUGGGAUCAUCACCAUGUUCGUUUACCUUGCUCACCACAGAGUCUUUAUCCUGUGGUAAAUGACAGGCUAGGUGGUCAGAAGGAGCUUGUUAGUCGUUGGGGCAUUAUAGAAACAUCUCUCCUAUCAAACAUCAAUACUUCUUAUGACCUUCAGCAAGCUAUUAUGAAGUAUAACACUCGAUAUGCAGACAGAUGGGACUUCUCUGGUCUUCACUCAUUUUUAAAUAAUGUGGCUGACAGUGCAGAAAGAGUUACUUUCUUCCAGGUGACUUUACCAGCAAUGGUGGUAAUGGCUUUGCGGCUUCCUGAGCUCAUUACACAUCCAAUACCUUUACUAAAGCAGCAAGAGUGUACGUUUAUUACAAUGAGCCAGGAACAGAUUGCUUCUCUUUUGGCCAAUGCCUUUUUUUGUACUUUUCCACGCCGCAAUGCAUACAAGCCAUCAGCUGAGUACAAGUCAUACCCAACUAUAAACUUUAACAGUUUGUUCAGUGGUGGAGGGAGAAGAAGUCUCGUUCAGGCCAGUAAACUACGAUCUCUCAUUCAUUAUUUUCAUCGAGUUACUUCAAAUCCUCCAAUUGGGACAGUGACAUUUGAACGCCGUGUACUCAAUGACAAUCCAUCUUGGGACAAAUGUGAAUCACUAAUGUCGAAGCUUCACGUGACAAGUGAGGGAACCAUUGAAGACAUUGGAGAUGGAUUGUUACAGGUUGAUUUUGCUAAUAAGUUGGUUGGAGGUGGCGUUUUAGGAGGGGGUUGUGUGCAAGAAGAAAUACGCUUUCUCAUUUGUCCUGAACUGAUAAUCUCUCGCCUAUUCACUGAGGGGUUGGCAGACAAUGAAUGUCUUAUCAUCACAGGUGUUGAACGUUACAGUAAGUACAGUGGCUAUGCUGACACAUUUAGAUGGACUGGAAACUACAAUGAUGAAACACAAAGAGAUACAUGGGGCCGAUGUUUUACUGAGGUACUAGUCAUUGAUGCAUUACAUUUUCAUCGUUUUCCUGAGCAGUUUAAACCAGGAUUGAUACGACGAGAACUCAACAAGGCUUAUUGUGGAUUUAAGUCUAACACAACGUCUCCUGCUCACCUCUCAGCAAUCGCAACAGGAAAUUGGGGAUGUGGUGCAUUUGGAGGUGACUUGUAUCUAAAAGGUCUAAUUCAAUUGAUGGCUGCUGCUCACACUGGGAGAGAUGUGCUAUACAUUACAUUUGGUAACCAGAAAUUGUGUGAUGAUUUGGCACAAGUUCAUCAAUUACUUACAGACUUACAAUCUACAGUGGGUGAUAUAUGGGCUUUUAUUAUGGAGUAUAGAAAGUACCUCAUGCAGAAUCCAGGCACUCGUUUGACUGUGUGUGAUUUUAUACUACAAUUAAAUGAAAGUGACGAUCAAGGACAAGCCACACAUGGAAAACAGGCAUGUGAGAAAGAUGCUGAGGAUCAGGUAAUUGAAAUUGGUACUCUCCAAAGUCAGUCCACUAAGGGAUACUCUCUUAACACCAGACACUAGUUGCUUUGACAGAAUAUCAUCUUUCAUUGUUUUGCUAGAUUGAUUACUCUACAGAAUGAUAUAAUGACGGUGUAUAUUUUAAUAGAAAAUGAAUUCAGCCCAUUGGGAUGUAGGGU